AUGUCAAGCCCAUUGAGGUCCCCCCGCUCGUCCGAUGUCGACGACACGCCGAGGAAAACGGAAGAGAGCGUCGCAGUGCAUUCGGGGUCGCCGGACUUUGCAGCUGAGGUUGAAGCCGCGGCACCCCUUCUGAAGGGCCCAAGGCUGACAGCGGCGAUUGCCUUCGUCGCUGGAACAGGAUUCACAUUAUUUGGCUACGAUCAGGGCGUCAUGUCCGCGCUACUCUCGGCGAAGCAGUUCGAAGAUGUAUUCCCACAAGUCAUUGUAGAUAGCAACCAUCCCUCCAAUGAUGCAACAUUGCAAAGCUUCAUCGUCGCCAUCUACGAGAUUGGCUGCCUCAUUGGCGCCUUGUCGAAUUUAUGGGUAGGUGACUGGCUCGGACGACGUCGAACGAUCGUCUUGGGUGGCAUAAUCAUGAUAAUCGGUGCCAUACUUCAAACAACGUCGUUCAGUUACGCUCAGAUGGUCGUGGCUCGCAUUAUCACAGGGCUGGGUAAUGGCUUGAACACGUCGACCGUCCCUUCGUACCACGCGGAGUGCUCACCUGCCGCAAGGCGCGGUAGUCUCAUCAUGAUUGAAGGGAGCUUGAUUACACUUGGCAUUAUGAUCUCAUAUUGGAUAGAUUUCGCCUUCUUUUGGCUAUCUGGCUCGUCAGCGCAAUGGCGGGUGCCCAUUGCCCUCCAAAUACUGCUUGCCUUUAUGAUGAUCGUUGGUAUAUUCUUCCUACCUGAGUCACCUCGAUGGCUUGCAAAGCACGGGCGCAACGCUGAAGCUCUAGCGGUCAUCUCUGCGCUCGAAGGAAAGCCCCACACGGACGCCGACGUGCAUCAGACUUACCACGCGAUCAGGGAGGCCGUCGCGGCGGAGACGCACUUUGGCAACGACAGCUCGCCACUGCGCGAGAUAUUCACCGGCGGACCGUCCCAGAACUUCCGCCGCGCGUUCCUGGGUGUCGUCGUACAGUGCUUCCAGCAGAUCACCGGCAUUAACAUCAUCACUUACUACGCCACACUGCUAUUCGAGCGAUUGGGCAUUGACGACGUAAAGGCGCGCAUUAUCGCUGCAUGUAAUGGGACCGAAUACUUCCUAGCGUCGUUAAUCGCCAUUUUCCUCAUUGAUCGUGUCGGUCGCCGGCCGCUCAUGCUGUUCGGCGCUGUCGGUCAAACUAUCACCAUGAUCCUUCUCGCUGUUCUCGGGAGAAUCGACACUUCGGGGACGCAGGUCGCCUCGGCUGUGCUGCUAUUCGUGUUCAACUCGUUCUUCGCGGUCGGGUGGCUUGGCAUGACAUGGCUCUACCCCGCCGAGAUCGUUGGUCUCCGCAUCCGUGCCCCUGCCAACGCGUUCAGCACGGCGUCGAACUGGACGUUCAACUUUAUGGUCGUCAUGAUCACUGGGCCGUCAUUCAACAAUAUCAGCUGGCGGACGUACAUCGUGUUCGCAUCUCUCAACGCUUUGCUCAUCCCUGUCGUCUACUUGUUCUUACCGGAAACGGCUGGUCGUUCACUGGAAGACAUGGACGUGAUCUUUGCUCUGGCGUAUAAGGAAGGGGUGUCGCCCGUGAAGGUUUCUUUGCGCAAGGAUGUCCCAGCAGCGGGCUCGCCUGAGGCAGACGAGAUACUGGGCAUUACAACGAGCAGCCGCAUUGGUUCGUUCAGGGAGGAUGCUGUCCCUAGAGAGAAUGAGAAGACUGCAUGA